AUGUUGAUUAAGGAUUUCGAGAAUCAAGCGCAGACCAACGCCGAUGGUAUCUUGGCUCGCCGAGAGAACGCCAAAAUCAAGGAAACUGUCGUCUCUCCACCGGAAACAUCUGCUGCGGAGUCUGAUUCUAUGGAUUCGAAGGGCCCUGGCCCCCUGAAAUCCCUGUUGGAUGACCCGACGACUUCUUCGGAGGCUGACGAGGCGACGGGUGCAAGCUCAGCCGAAGAGAGUUCGAACCUUGGACCAGAAUUUCACACCCCUGGAGCAGUCGCCGAACGCUACGGUUGGCCCGCCAAAAUGCGUCUCAACUCCCUAAGCCACGGUGUCUCUUCCCUUUCUUCUUCGACCAAGAUUCAUGAACCUGGCCAACGCCAGACCUCGAACAAGAAGGAUUUCUAUUCGAAAAUGGCCACCAGGAUUCGCGACAAGGGACUUGCUGCUUCGAAGCAACCUACAAGCUGCGCCUGCCAGACUGAACUCCAAGAGCCUUCAAAAGCGAUUAGAAAGAUGAACGAUAGCCUUGGAAGCCUGACCCAGACGCUUGAGCAAGUCGUCAAGAAGCUUGACACUGUGGCCCAGGACGCCAAAAUCCAUCGAAAGGGCACUCAGCGCCUUAUCGCGGCCGCCAAUGGCGAAGAGACAUACACAGACUCGGAGGACAACGCCUUUGAGGUUUGGGCUACUGAUGGAAGGCAAUUAUGA